GAUGGCUGAAAGUGAGGAGCUGAAGAGCCUUAUCACCAAGGUGAAAGAAGAAAGUGCAAAAGCUGGGUUUGCAGUUAAACAUAAAAAAAAACCAAGAUGAUGGCAACCAGACUGAUUGAUAACUGGCAAAUAAAAGGAGAAAACGUGGAGGCAGUGACAGACUUUAUAUUUCUAGGCGCAAAGAUCACUGCAGAUGCAGACUGCAGCCAGGAAAUCAGAAGAUCCAACCAGUCCAUCCUCCGGGAAAUAAUGCCUGAAUGCUCACUGGAGGGAAGGAUAUGAGAGGCAAAGAUGAAGGACUUUGGCCACAUCAUGAGAAGAUAGGAAAGCUUGAAGACAAUGAUGCUGGGGAAAAUGGAUGGAAAAAGGAAGAGAGACCGACCAUAGGCAAGAUGGAUAGCUGGUAUCCUUGAAACGACUAGCUUGACUUUGAAGGAGAUGGGGGUGGCGACAGCCGACAGGGAGCUCUGGCGUGGGCUGAUCCAGGUCACGAAGAGUCGAAUAAACAACAAUUCCAAUAAUAUGCUGUGAAAUUCUGGGCCACUCUCCAUUUGAGAAGUCUCCUUGCCUGAACUGAAAAUCCCAAGAUUCCAUAAGGGUUGCCAUGGCAAUCAAAAUAGCACAAAAACGCUUUAGUUGCGUGACACACAGAGCUUUUUUCUCUCCCUCCAACAGCGCCUCAGAGUCAUCAUCCAAUAAGAAGCCUCCUUUCAAGUCCAAGAAAGAAAACAAGGACAAGGAGUAAAUAUCUCCCGUCUCCUGAUAGGCUGGAGAGGCAAAGACCUCAAGAUUCUCCGCCCCUCCUACGUUCGAAACCGUUGGUGGAGAGCAACGGUCGCCGCAUUUUUGAAAAAGGAGAUGGCCCGAGUGCGCGCCUCCGAGACUUCUGGAAUGGAGGCGAAUGAAUUUGACUCAUCCGACGAAGAACCCUCAGAGAAGGAAGAGACGCCUUUCCAAGUAUCUUGGCUUGCCCUUUCACCAGUUUACUCUCAAUUUUUGGGAAUAUGUGCACUACCAGGCUGCCGAUUUAAAAAUAUAAGAAGAAACCUUCAGAAGGACAUAGAGGAAUUGAAGAGCUAUGGGGUGCAGGAAAUAUUUGUACUCUGCACCAGAGGAGAGCUCUCCAAAUGCCGAGUCCCAAACCUUUUGGCAGCAUAUCAAGACCAUGGGUUCAUUGUGCACCAUCACCCUAUUCCUGACGGAGAGGCGCCAGACUUUGCCCAAUGCUCUGUGAUCCUCAACGAACUUAGGAGCUCCCUGGAAUAUAAUCGGAAGACCUUAAUACACUGUUAUGGAGGUCUUGGGCGGUCCUGCCUGAUAGCCGCUUGUCUCCUGCUUCAGCUCUUUGACUCAGUUUCCCCACAGCAGGCCUUAGACAGCCUGAGAGACUUGAGAGGUCCGGGUGCAAUACAAACCAUAAAGUACAACUAUCUCCAUGAUUUUCGAGAGAUUCUGGCUACCCACAUGCUGACAGAAGGCCUAAUCGCAAGAUCAAUAUCUCGUUAAUGCCAAAAGAAAGAGGACUUGUUCUGACUCUUAUAGAUUGCACAUAGCAGAAAGUGAAUCUGUCUCCCUACCUCUUAGAAACCAGUGAAUUUCCUUGGAAGCUUCUUUGUUAGGAAAACAGUAAUACCUGUAGAGGAGGGGAGUAUGUAUAAAGAUUGAAUUAAUAAAUUACAAGAUGUGGAGCAGAAUAUAUAAUAAACAUGAUCUAUUUUAAUGUUUUAA